UUCUUUAACCAGAAUGUAGUUUAACAAUCAUAGGCUAUUAUAUCAACCUCUUCUACAAUGACUAUCCAACCUUUAGCUGACACCAACCUCUUCAAGCCGAUCCAAGUGGGUCGCUAUCAGCUCCAACACCGUGUUGUCUUGCCUCCAUUGACCAGAUACAGGAAUGAUACCGACCAGGCGCCUACUGAGCUUGCAGUUGAGUAUUAUGGUCAGAGAUCUUCCAAGGUCGGUACAUUGUUGGUCACCGAAGCCACUUUCAUCUCCGCCGCUGCCGGUGGCUAUGAUCUAGCUCCAGGUAUAUGGUCCGGGAAGCAAGUCACCCAGUGGAACAGGGUGUUUAACAAGGUGCACGAAAACAAGUCCUUUAUUUUUGUCCAGCUUUGGCACUUGGGCAGAGCUUCGAAACCUGAUGGGUUGAAAGCCCGUGGCUUGCCAUACGUCUCUUCUUCCGCCAAUUACAUCACGGAUGAAGACAAACAACUUGCAAAAAAGGUUGGUAAUGAACUCAGAGCCUUGACUGUCGAUGAGAUCAAGCAAACUGUCAAGGAUUACGCACAAGCCGCCGCCAACGCCAUCAAGGCUGGGGCCGACGGUGUGGAGAUCCACGGUGCCAAUGGUUAUUUGCCAGAUCAGUUCAUCCAAUCCACCUCCAACACGAGAACUGACCAGUACGGUGGUAGCGUGGAGAACCGUGUCCGAUUUGUGUUGGAAAUUGUGGAUGCCAUCGUGGCUGAAGUUGGUGCUGAUAGAACUGGUAUCAGAUUAUCUCCAUGGGGUCUUAUUGCGGGAAUGGGUGGAGCUGCAUACAACCCAGAGGAGACGUUUGGGUACCUCUUGGAACAGCUUGAAAAGAGAGCGCAGGAAGGUAAGAGGUUAGCUUACAUUCACUUGGUUGAGCCAAGAUAUGGCCGUGAGUCCAUGCACAUUGGGAGUGGGGUAGUUCCUGGCGACAAUGCUUUUGCGUUUGAGAAGUGGACUGGUGUGGUUAUCAGAGCUGGUGCAUACCAUGAGGACUACAACCACAUCAAGGGUCACGUUAACCAGAACGACAGAAGCUUGAUAGCUUUUGGUAGGACCUUCAUUGCCAACCCUGACUUGCCGGAGAGGUUGGAAAAGGGGUGGGAGUUGAACCAAUACAAUAGAGACGACUUUUACGGUGUUGGAGCAAAAGGCUACACCGAUUAUCCUUUCCACAAGUAACUUCGGUCAGAGAUUUUUC